UUUGCUGGCUGAGGAUGUUACUAGCAUCUUUCCUCUGUUGUUAGAAAAAUGUCUUAGAAUGUAUUUUUUAUUUAUUUUCUUUUUUACUCCUAUGGUUAGAAUUAGUUGCAGAUUCAAAAUUCGCUGGGGAAACUAAUAAUCAGAUAUAUCUAGACUCAUUGCUCUCCUAAGCCUUGUCUCCUUAGGCAAAUAUAUUAAAAUUUAAAGCUUAUUCUGAUCUGGACAUAUAUUUUGCAAAUAGUGGAGCUGAACACAAAUCCUCAAGCAGAUUUGGCUGGAAAUAGAUCUCCAGUUUCCCAAUUCCCCAUCAAAUUCCCUGCAUUGCUACUUGCUGUGGGAGAGGAGCCCUAACAUAUGUUUGUGAAUGCGAAAAGCUGGAAAACACUGACAGCUAGAGUUUAAAUAGUUCAGGGGGGAGAGUCAGCAGUCCUAUCUGGGACUGUGCACACAGCUAUGAGAGCAUGUCACACUGGAGCGCUUCUCCACCCCAACCCAACAAAUUUAGAUCCAUCCUCAAAAAUAGCCAGGGAACAACGUAUAAUUGGUUUCACAGACAACACAUUCUCAUGGUGUGAUUUAUUUCGUAACGUCUAGUGAGUGUCAUCACGCCGCACUCAAAGCCUCAGAGCUGGCAUUCAGUGAGGGCCCAGAGAAUGAAAAUUACCAGCUUCCCUGAUGAAUCACUGCUUUGAAAAUUCACCCUUGUGAGAAUCCUGUGACUAUUUAGAUAAAAAAAAAAAAAAGAUAUUACAAGCCCAUCUAUCACUCAUAUAAUUAUCCCUUUCUAGGUUUGAUGUGGACAGGGCAGCAUUCCUAAAGCACCAUAAACAAGGCCAGGACCAAUAAUGGCUUUAGAAAUGAAGUGGAGAAGUUCUCACAAUUAAGGUGGAGAACGAGGACAGCUACGGAUGGGAGCAUAAAUACACAGAAAGGCAGGUCUGUGUGUGCACUGUGGCCUCCAGUGCUGAGACGACACCUCCUGCAUACAUUGCUUGGCUUGGACUAAACAGCUACCUGCAGCAUGAAGGCAACAGGUGCCUUAGUGCUUCUCAGCCUGCUGCUGCUCUCUUUCUUCUCGGAUGUUGCAGGUCAAGACAUUGAAGAGAUUUGUAGAGAGUUCGUAAACAGAAGCGUGUACUGCACAAGGGAGUCCAACCCUCACUGUGGCACGGAUGGCAUCACAUACGGAAACAAGUGUGCCUUCUGCAAGGCAGUGCUGAGAAGCGGAGGGAAAAUAAGAUUGAAGCACCUGGGGAAAUGCUGAGUCCUCAAUGUCACCGAGCAGCAACAGC